UAGUUGGUAUUUGAUUUGGAUUAUCCUUCCAUCCACUGCAUAACAUGAGCGGUACUCCCACGGCCGAUGACUGUGAGAAGCGACCUCAGUUCGGCACACGUUUACUCAAGGACAGCGACGACGUCUUUAAGCACAAUGCUUGGUAAAUAUGCGUGGCAAGGUCUGCGGCGUUUUGCCAGCAAAACUUGGGAGCACACUCGAGAGCGCAAGAAGCCAGCGGGUGCUGGCGGGCGCAUACUAACCGACGUGCGCGAGGUGUUCGAGUUUAAUGCAUGGGACCACGUGCAAUGGGAUGAGGAGCAGGAGCUGGCCGCACAGGCGGCCGUGGCAAAGAACUCGUGCAGCAAGCUGAACGACGAUGAGCGGGAGCGAUUUCAGUCGGAUGCACCGAAGUUUUGGGACUCUUUCUAUGGCAUACACGACAAUCGCUUCUUCAAGGACCGUCACUGGCUGUUCACCGAGUUUCCCGAGCUAGCGCCCCUUGAUGUCAGUGAGCAGCAGUCACGGAGCAUCUUUGAGCUGGGCUGUGGCGUCGGCAACACCAUCUUACCCUUGCUCCAGUACAGCGUAGAGCCAAAGCUAAAAGUCUUUGGCUGUGACUUUUCUGCCAGGGCCAUCGAUAUACUUCGCAGCCAGCCGCAGUUCGAUGAGAAACGCUGCGAGGUAUUCGUAAUGGAUGCCACGGAGGAGCAGUGGCCGGUUCCCUUCGAAGAGAACUCGCAGGAUAUCAUUGUAAUGAUAUUUGUGCUGUCCGCCUGUCAGCCGAAAAAAAUGCAGCAGAUACUGGACAAUUGCUAUCGCUACCUGCGACCCGGUGGCUUGCUCCUCUUCAGGGACUACGGCCGCUACGACUUGGCCCAGCUGCGCUUCAAGAGCGGAAAAUGCUUGGAGGACAACUUCUAUGUGCGCGGCGAUGGCACCCUGGUGUAUUUCUUUACAGAGGAAGAGCUACGUGGUAUGUUCACUAAGGCGGGGCUCCAGGAGGAACAGGUGAUUGUGGACCGAAGGCUGCAGGUGAAUCGGAGUCGCGGCCUGAAGAUGUAUCGCGUUUGGAUACAGGCAAAGUUCAAAAAACCUCUGGUUCCGACUUCUUAGCUUUCGUUAAUCGUUGAGCUGUAAUCGAUUUCCUUUUUCUUUUCAUCGACUUGACGCAUGAAUGUUAAAAUCGGCAGCUACAUGUCAAGUAGAAUGUCCAGGAUAACUUUUUGGCUCGUUAAUUUUGCAGAAAAGCUUUCGGCUCUGUUAACUUUGCAGAAGCAUACACAUAACAUAACAGUUAGGAAAGGAAAGCUGUGAGUUUUCGCAGUUGGCUAAAAACGUCGUAAGUGAAAAUUUUCCUGUGCUACGUAAAAUAAUUUUUAGUUAAAUAAUUAAGGAACAAUUUGUUGUAAACU